GUUGACCCACCGUCACAGCACACAUUCUCUUCUUUAAAUACCUCUUUGUCUCUCUCUCCUUUUCUCAUUUCCCAUUCAAACCAAAAACAGAAAACAAACACUUUCAUAUUCAAAACAACAAAAGAAGAAACAACCAUGUCUUGCUCGGUUGUAGUUUCAAAUUCUAAUGUCUUCUCUCUCCCUUCUCCUUGCCAUUUUUCUCUCUCCUCCCCGGUUUUGAAGAGAAAGAGACCGGCUAAGCUUCAUAUACCCGUUGCUUCUCUGACUAUCGAAGUCCUGCCGGCGGCAAUGACUCCGGCACCGGAGAAGGACGUCGUUGAGGUGGAGGGAAAUGGUUUUUCUGUGUAUUGUAAGAAGGGAAGUAGGAAACAUAUGGAGGAUCGUUAUUCGGCAUCUGAUGAUCUUCAUGAAGAUACAAAACAGGCUUUUUUUGGCAUAUUUGAUGGGCAUGGAGGUGCAAAAGCUUCGGAAUUCGCAGCUGAUAACAUGGAGAAGAAUGUGUUAGAAGAAAUAAUGAGAAGAGAUGAGAAUGAUAUUGAGGAAGCAUUGAAACAUGGAUACCUCAAAACAGAUUCAGAUUUCUUAAAAGAGGAUCUUCAUGGUGGUUCUUGCUGUGUAACAGCAUUGAUUAAGAACGGUAAUCUUAUCGUGUCCAAUGCAGGCGAUUGUCGCGCUGUUAUUAGCCGAGGAGGUAUUGCUGAGGCCUUAACAUCUGAUCACAAACCUUCAAGGAAAGACGAAAAAGAAAGGAUUGAAACUCAGGGUGGAUAUGUCGAUAUGUGCCGUGGUGUGUGGAGAAUCCAAGGCUCUCUAGCUGUUUCUAGGAGCAUUGGAGAUAGACACCUGAAACAAUGGGUGAUAGCAGAACCCGAGACCAAAGUUCUCAGAAUUGAACCUCAUCAUGACUUGUUAAUCUUAGCUUCAGAUGGAUUAUGGGACAAGGUUAGUAAUCAGGAAGCAGUAGAUAUAGCUCGUCCUUUUUGUGUAGGGAACAAUAAACAAGGACCCUUUCAAGCUUGUAAGAAACUCGUCGAUUUAUCAGCUUCGCGAGGCUCUAUCGAUGAUACAAGUGUUAUGAUCAUCAAAUUACAGAAAUAUAUUUGAAGCCUCAAUACAAAAGAAGCCAGCCAGCUAGGUUAACUCGAAGCUAUGAAACACCGACACAAAUACAAACAUCAGACAUGACAUUGACGCGUCAGUAAUAGACGGAUAGAAGGAAGUGAUUGAAUUGAAUAUCAUUACACGUGUCAAUGUUGUACUAUGUCUGAUAUUGACACAUGUCAGACACCAGAUAUGCCUUCAAAUUUUAGAGUCGGUGUUAUGUAAAUUGAGAGUGUGGGAUUCUUUCAUUUCAUUCUUAACCUUCUGCAGUACAGUUAGCAGAAGGUGCCCUGAAUUUUUUUUUUGAAAGGUCAAUAUUAUUAACAUGGCAUAAGAGAUGUCAACCCAAAUUACACCAAAACCAGUAGCAUAAGGUUCCCUGAAAUUAAGAGUACCUAAAUUUCAAUCCGUAUAUAUUUGGUGAAAUUUUGUAACCAAGCUCAGGAAAU